CAAAAGCCACCAAACCAGUAGGCAACUAAGACAAAGUGGCGUACUCUUCUCUGUACUAGCUUCUUCUUCUUCCUCUCCUCUUCCAUCCAAACAGACUGGAUUUCAUCAAGAUAAUCCUGAAACUGGAGCCAACAAGCACACAGAGAAAGAAGAGCAAGAAGACCGGCUCCCAGCCGAUACAAGGUAGGAGUGAGCAGCGUUAGGCAGUUUUCAUCAUAUCACAGGGUUGAUAUGGUGACAGUGAGAGAGGAGACUCGCAAGGGGCCAUGGACAGAGCAGGAGGACCUGCAACUGGUAUGCACUGUCCGUCUCUUCGGUGAACGUCGUUGGGAUUUCAUUGCCAAAGUAUCAGGUUUGAGGGGUGGGGAUCCACAAAUUAGGACUCAACCGAACAGGCAAGAGCUGCCGGCUUCGCUGGGUCAACUACCUUCACCCUGGCCUCAAGCGUGGGCGCAUGUCUCCCCAUGAAGAGCGCCUCAUCCUUGAGCUGCACGCUCGGUGGGGAAACAGGUGGUCCAGGAUAGCGCGCCGCUUGCCAGGGCGCACUGACAAUGAGAUCAAGAACUACUGGAGGACACACAUGAGGAAGAAAGCACAGGAGAGGAAGAGGAACAUGUCUCCAUCAUCGUCCUCAUCUUCGCUGACUUACCAGUCAGGCUACCCAGAUACUCCAUCAACCAUUGGAGUUGAGGGACAGGAGCUUCAUGGUGGCAGUGGCUGCAUCACAAGCAUCCUCAAGGGCACCCCUCCGGACAUGGAUGGCUACCCCAUGGACCAGAUAUGGAUGGAAAUUGAGGCGCCAGAGGUGCCCUCCGAGGUGGGCUUUGUUGGAGGGAACGAGAAUGUGUGCAGCAGCCUUGCCACACCUCUGCCACCACCUACUGUCUGGGAAUACUACCCAGAGGCCUGCUGGAAGAUUGAUGAUGAGAUCAAGAUGGCACCACAGUUCAGUUAUAGUGAAGGAGCUGGCCCCUGCUUCUGAUGCCAUAUAUUGGAUCAGAUCACUAAGUUAUACACCUACCUAGCAGAAGUGAAGUGCUUUUGUAGAAACAAGCUUUAGCAUGGAUCUGAAUAUUUAUCUCUGCUUAGAAUUGCAGGUCUAUGGCUCUAUGCAUGAUUUCUUUAGUAUCUAUCUAGUGUGCAAGACAAGAUCAUCUUAAUUUGUCCUUGAUGCUAUGGAAUACAAGGGCAAAGGUACUAUGUACUGUUUACUCACAGUAUAAUUAGCUAUCCUGUGAGACUUUUCUGUUUGACAUGAAGCCAAGAAUAAAUGUUAUAUUGGUAUAGAA